AUGACCAUUUAUAAUGCUCACGGAGGAUAUGCAAAAAGGGGCAUCUGCUUGAAGAAUGAUAUUUCUGCUUUCAAAACCUUAAUUUGUUUCAAACCUUUAGUGAAAAUUAUCAACAGCACAGUUCAAAAUAACAGUGGAUACUCACUAGAAACAGCCUGUAGCUCCUGUUUUCAUAAAUUUUCCAAUUCUCAGGAUAGUAUAACCUGUCCCAACUGUUGUUUAACUAAGUAUUGUGGCCAAGACUGCUUGUUGAAAGAUUGUAGGGCUACACAUAAAUACGAGUGUGACAUUCUUCGAUCAUUCUUGAAAAAGGCACCCAAAGAAAUCAAUAUCGGAGAAUUUAUUAGAUUGGUUAUUCAGCUUUUUGUUACCUGUGAACAAUAUCCCACUUACAAGAGAGAAAUUUUCAAUUUGACUUCUCAUAAAGAAGAGUUCAUCAAAGGUAUACAUGCUGACUUUCUUUAUGAUAAUCUUGAUUUAGUAGUUAAUUCAGUGCAUGAGUGUAACCCUCGCCGUACAAAGGACGAGUUGAAAAGUUACAUUAACGACUUGAUUUGCAUCUGCUUUGUCAAUGCAAACAUUUUGAUGGAUGAGUAUGGUGAAGCAAUUGGGAUGGGCAUUGAUCCAUACUUUUCCCUUAUCAAUCAUUCCUGUAUUCCAAAUACAACAGUGGUUCCUUUUUCUUCAACUUCGUUCCAACUUGUCACAAACUGUGCAAUCCAGAAAGCAAAAGAAAUCACAAUAAAUUAUUGUUAUACUUCGAAUCCAAAAGAGUUGAGACAACUAGAUUUGGCUAAUCGUUUUUUCUUUACUUGCAAGUGUGGGUUAUGUACAGCUAAAGUUGAUUAUUUCUUUUCUUAUAAUUGCCUUAGAUGCAAUGCGUUGAUUUGCAGCCUUUCCUUUGAUAAUUUUUUCAAUGAAGAUUCAGCGGAUACCUUAGUUUUCAAAUGUUUGAACAAGACGUGUGGAAAUUGCAGAAUUCCCAUUGAUUUGGAUCAAGUUAAGAAGACCAACAGUUUACAUAAACUUAUAUUGGCCUAUUUCAUUUAUUCGUUUUUUUCAAGAAAUACCGUGAUGCCAGAGUUGAGAACUGAUUCUUUUGAUAAUUUUGUCAAGGGGUUGAAUGGCUUUGUUAAAGAAGCUGGACUUCUUAACAUUGACAGCAAAUCUUUAGUCAAUUAUCUUUCUCUUAUCCCUAAUGGCUCACUCGAGAUCCAGGAUGCUCACUUCACCUAUAUCUCGUUAAUAUUUUCUAAUUUAUUAGAUUUUAAAAUAAUACCAGAGUAUUGCUUCCCUUUAAACCAAUUCUUACCAGUUCUUGCAAGCUGUAUAGAGCAUAAAACUUUUGACAACAAGAUGAAAGUUGAUCUUAUAUUAACGAGGCUCAAAUAUGAAGUAAAAUCAACAAUUAAUGCAGAUCUUGCAGUGGAUUUAACUGAACAGAUUACUUCCAAAUUUUCUCAGUACGCAAGUUUAACAAUUACAUUCUUAGAUAUUUACGAGCAAUUGGCUCAAGUUCCUGAUGACGAAUGGGUAUCCAAUCUUUGGAACGAGGGAAAAGAUGAAAUACUUACUGUUUUAUUAAAGUCUACAUUUUUUUUUAGCAUUCAAGCACUUGAAUUUUUUGAAAGUAAAUUUCCAAUGCAGACUCACUUAAUGAUGCAAGUGAUUGAUUAUGUUGAAGCGAUUUUGAAAUCAGGAUUUUCAACCAGUAGAUUGAAAGAGUGGUAUUCACAAAAGCCAGCUGAUUUUACCGCUGAUACAUUUCAUGACGAGUUGACUAAAUUAUUUAACUUUGUCGGUGGUUAUUAUUCUUUCAAGCAGAAAGUGAUAAAGUACCAAUUUGCUGAUAGAAUGAGAAAGCAUAUAUUUACUCCAGUAGCUAAUUUGAAUUGUCUUAAAAAAAAUCGCUUUCGGUAA